AUGGCGGACGGCAGUCCCACAGAGGAUUACGCCCUCGACUCUCAGUCCAGUGCAAUUGAUCUUUUGAGGAGCGUUGCACAAGAGCACCUUCAGAAGAUCAACGAGGAACGAAUCCAGGAGCAGAACGAUGGGUGGGACAAAGACCUCGACAUCGCAAAAUAUCUUGUCGGCUAUCUUGAACGAUUCGAAGGGAUCAAGGAAAUGCCCGCAAAGAAUUGGAUUUCUGAGAGCACCGACGAAGAGUGGAUCCCGCAGCACCGCAUCAAAUACUUCAAGAAGAUUUGUGAAGGCGGUGAUCACGACAUUGUUUGGGAUCGCGAAAGGCGGGUUGACAAGGUCUUCGGCACUGGUGCGGGACCGAGCCGGAUCGACGAGGAUGAUAAGGUGGCCAUAGUAUCCGAAGAUGGCGGUGUGAGGUUGAUGCCUUGA